CUGAGGCACUGUAAGGACUAACGAAGUCCUGCAAAAAUCGCGUGAAAAACUGGGAGAAGGGAGAGAAAGGAAAAGGCUUGAUAUUUUUCCUAAAACCCUUCACAUAAAGACAAACCCCUUCAGAGAAAUUUCUCAACCUUUCAAAAGCUUCAAGUGGGCGGUCUUACUUCUAUGAAACUCCAAGACUGAGGAAUUCAAUGGAGUUCAAAGUGCUGUUUACGGCGAUAUAAACCGAUUAAUAAAGUAAAGAAAAAUUUGAUGAUUAAAUCAUAAAUUUUUAGUUGGAAUGGAAGGUGAUAUAUUUGGAGACAUAGACAAUACAGCUGUCCAAGUAGAUGGCAGCAUCAUUCAGGCAUUUCAGAAGAACUUGCUGCAAGCCCAAGACAUUUUGGAUCAAAACAGAUUGCUAAUCAAUGAGAUCAAUCAAAAUCACUUGUCAAACAUGCCACAAAACCUGAGUAGAAAUGUGGGUUUGAUCAAAGAACUGAAUAACAAUAUCAGAAGGGUGGUUGAUCUCUAUGCUGCUCUUUCCAGUUCUUGUUUGAAGUCUCGAGAAGCUUCUUCCGAAGGGGACUCCAGUGGGACUCUCAAAUCUGAUGGAAAAGUUAGUCAAAAGAGAAUUAGAAUCAACUAACACUUGUCAACUAAAGGGCGGUUAGUUGGUAAGAAUGUGAUUCCACGUCUCAUAAAGCAUGGAUUGUUCAAGUCCCAUUACCUAUGUGAAGACUUUAUUAAUAAUUAGUUAAUAAGUAACUUUACAAAUGCUUUUUAAAUUAUGAUGCUAACCUGCCCUUGUUAGGUCCUUAAGAUUUAGCACAAACUUUUGUUUAACCAAAAAAAUAAUAAUAAUAAUAAUAAGAAGCUGUUGGUGUGAAUCUGAGCUAUCAUGUAAAAAAAGUAAGGCAUACUUUGGUGUUGGAUAUGAUUUUUUCCAGGGAUCAUCAUAUAUUCGAAAUCCUGUCUAAGAUUCAGUUAUUA